CUGCGCCACUCAUUCAUAUUGUAAACAUUACAGCAUGCUGCAUCAUGCAGGAAAAAUACAUAUAUUUUAAAACUAGUUUUCAUUGUAUGCAAUCAACACCCGGCUCACCCGGGGCAUGAAUAGAAUCCCCCCCUAUAUUAGUGAAUGUACACCAAUAAUAUUCGGUGUGACAGAGUUACGGUGUUACAGUGAUUUCGAUUGGUUGAAACCUAUUGCGAGAAAGAAGACUUCUUACGUAUCAGGUCGAGUUUACUUUAAGGAAUCGGAGGGACAACUUUCUCAUUGCAUUUCGAUGAACGAGGGUAUUGAUAAACGUGGUUUGGUACUGGACUCAAGUGUAGUUUUCGUGACUUUGUAGGACCUCGGAUCCUACGCUCUGACCAACGUUUUUAUCGACCUCAGAAUAGCAGAGCAGAUAGCAAGGGUUUCUUUGGACCAGCAACAAGCAUGCUAACUUCUCUGUUCGCAUUUGGAACUGUUAGUCAUGCUUGUUAUUUGUAUGAUAAUUUUUUUUAAUUCGUGAGUAAUCGGAGGAGGACAUUUUUAACUAGAUUAUUUAAAAAAAAAAAACAUUUAAAAAAAAGUCAAAAUAACUAUGUUGGGGAAUGAGGGGAUAUAUGCAGCGAAGAAGAGGAAGAAACCCGUCCAGAAAAGUCUGAAGCAUGCUCCAGGUGACGGUGUGGUAAAGACCAACCCUUCAAAACGUCACCGGAAUCGUCUGAACGGGGAGCUCGACCGGCUGACCAACCUGCUGCCCUUCUCCCCAGAGGUCAGGGGUAGGUUGGACAAAUUGUCUGUCCUGCGGCUCAGCGUGGGAUAUGUCAAGGUCAAGAGCUUCUUUCAUGCGACCCUCCAGAAGAAGUGUGAGUGGCCGGCCCCCCCUCUCAGUGGGAACUGUAGGAACGGACGGACAGCCACUUCUAUAGACGGAGUCAGCCUCUCCGAGGGAAACCUACUGCUGCAGGCUCUGAAUGGUUUUAUCCUGGUGGUCACCACUGAUGACUCUAUCUUCUACGCCUCUCCAACCAUCCAGGACUACCUGGGCUUCCACCAGUCUGAUGUGGUGCACCAGAGUGUGUAUGAGCUGAUACACAUGGAUGACAGAGCCAUGUUCAGGUGUCAGCUUCACUUCGCCCUCAAGCCCAACCAGACCGAUUCUGAGGCCGGACCAGAUGCCAUCGAGUCUAGCAGCAGGCCCCACAGUGAGUCUAUGAGCUACCCGCCCCAUCACAUCCCUGAAGAGAACAGGUCCUUCCUAGAGAGAAGCUUCUGCUGUCGCUUCCGCUGUCUCCUAGACAACUCCUCCGGCUUCCUGGCGUUGAACUUCCAGGGACGUCUGAAGUAUGUUCGAGGCCAGGGAAGGCUGGGGGAUGACGGGGCCUCGGUCCCCGCUCAGCUGGCCCUGUUUACCAUUGCCACACCCAUGCAGACCCCAGCUGUCAUGGAGAUCAGGACCAAGACACUCAUUUUCCAGACCAAACACAGACUCGACUUCGCCCCCAUAGGCAUAGAUACUAGAGGUAGAGUGGUGCUGGGUUACUCUGAGACAGAGUUGGUCACUCCAGGCUCAGGUUACCAGUUCAUCCAUGCUGCUGACAUGAUGUACUGCGCAGACAACCACAUCAAAAUGAUAAAGACAGGAGAGACUGGUUUCACCAUCUUCAGGCUGCUGACUAAGGCAGGUGUGUGGGUGUGGGUUCAGGCCAACGCCAGGGUCGUCUUCAAGGCAGGGAGACCCGACUUCAUCAUCGCUCGACAGAAAGCCCUAACAAACGAAGAGGGUGAGGAGCACCUGCGUCAGCGGAGAAUGCAGCUUCCCUUCAACUUUGCCACUGGGGAGGCUCUGCUGUAUGAGUCCUGUCCCUCUCUGAAUACUGCCAUUAUGCCUACAGGACCACCCAUCCCCCCUGGCCUCACUCCCCCAGGCUCCUGCCCUGAGGACAAGCCCCUGGACCCUGCGUCUCUCCUGGGGUCCCUGCUUAGUCAGGACCGCUCUGUUUAUACUCAGCCCCAGGACGCUAACCCUAACCUGGACCUCCAGGUCUUUUCCCCCAACCUAGACACAGCCUUCCCCCAGGACCAGGACCCAGGCCUGGAGAGAGCCUUCCUGGACAGCCACGCUCUGCUGAGUGUCCCUGGGGAGCUCCAGGGGCCCCAGAGGCCCAACAGGGGAGACCCCACAGCGCAGGCCAUGAUGGACUCUCUGGGGGAGAUCCUGGAGGAGAUGGGGGCGGGGGGCUUGGAGGGGCUGGAGGUGGAGGAGACAGAGCUGAGGGAGUGGGAGAGCACUCUCCUCAGGAUCAACAUGGAACAGCAGGAUGUGACGGGGGAGCUGUAUGAUAUCUUAGCCAAUGAUGUGUUCUCCUAUGUGGAGGAGGCUCUGAUGAGAGAGUGUGAUGAUGGAUGUGUGAUGGGCAGCUUGGGACAGGGCACUGAGCCAAUCAACAGACUUUCUGCUCACAUCACUGCCAAUCAAAACAUACUACGUGGGUUCCCUCACUCCCAGAGUUCCAUAUUGCCAGGCAACCAGGGGUUCAAUGGCGGGAACGGCUCCCACAGUGAGAACCAAUGGCAGUUGUCUGGUCCACACAUGACCUUUAACCUCAACAGCUUUGGAGAGCAGAGGUUGCUAGGAAAUGGAGUUGUUGGUGGUGUGGAGCAAGGACUGGGGUGUAGUCCUGGGACUGUGAGACAGCCACGGAGGACUGUAAACACAAACACACUACCCAGAGCUGCUCAGACCGUUGCAAGGCAAUGGAUUCAAGGAAGCUGUGCGGAUCUCCAUGGCAACCAAAUGGUCCCACAACCUUCUCAUACUAUCAACCAACCAGAGUCCUGGAUACCCUCCAUCCAAAAUAUAAAUGAUAAUAACCACACCUCUCUCUCUGUCCCUCUCCCAAAAUUUAACAACUAUCUCCCAGAGGCCUUUGACCAAACCAUGCAGCCCAGCCGGGAGUUAUACCACUCUGAGACUGGAGAUGCAAACAGGCAGUUCUCAGGGCAGCCCUAUCCAGGUCUGUCAUAUCAGGACCCAAGGCAGUCUUGGCAACAGCCACGUCAACACACACAAUGGCAACCACGGCGGAUACCACAGGGUUUUCCUGCAAAGCCAGUAAACAGACAUCGUCACACACACCCCAAACACAGCACACACAUACCGUCCAAUAACGCACCCAGAACUCAAACACUCACACACACCACACACACACCCUCAGGCAGCUGUAUGUUUGACAAGACAACUCCAAAUGUCUCCAAUCCCUCCAGCCCCCUUACAACUGCCCCAAGCAGAUCACACGGUCUCAUACCUGCCCCCACUUACUACAAUGAACCCAGACCCACUCCCACUCUUUCCAAUGACUGUAAAACCAGCUCCUCAACCCAGGCCCCCAAAGUCUUUAUGACUUACCCUCAAGCAUCCAUAAUCUCAAGAUCUACCAAAUCUUAUCCGCAAGACUCCAUUCCUAACCUAACCUACCCCCCAGCCUCCAUCCCCACCCCCAUCCCCGCCCUAUCCAGAGGGGCUCAGAUGGAUAAUUACACAGGAGCUAUCCCUGCCUGGUCUGGGGCUCCAUACCUGGGCAUGAAGCAGCUCCCAGGCCCCUUUCCCAGCCCCAAGCAGGUUCCCCAGAGCACCAGGGGAAAUGGCAGCUGUAGUGAUCCCAGUGAAGGAAGCUUGAUGCUGGGUCAGAGGGGGUUGGAAGAAAGCCUCCUUCCUGGAGGUCCAACGCCAGGAUUUCCUCCUGAGAGAACGGAUCUGUAGAGUCAUCUUUAUUCUACUGGAAUGGACAAACACAGGUCCCUACCGGUCCUAAUGGUGAUGCGGAUCCUUUUCUCUUCACUGGCAACAUCUUCUAGAUUCUCUAGGACUAAGAGGAACCUACAAGUAACCAUCUCCACAAUGGAACCACAACAUCUUUUGGAAUCUAGGACCUACCUUGGAACCACCGACAUCUUCUGGAAGAAUACAACUGUACAAAAACCAGCACCUCUAUCGAAGACUGUUCCUUGGAGCUGGAUAAUAUUCUAUAUUAUAUUUAAUUUCCUUGUCUGGUUGAAGGGUGCUGCUUUCCAGCCAUGGACAGCCACCGGUUUAAUGUUCAGACUAGGGCUGUUACGGUGACCGUAUUACUGCCACACCGGCAGUCACUAGUCAUGACCGCAGUCAAUUUCCAUGUGACCGUUUAGUCACGCUAACUAGGCUUAUCCCAGCUCUGAUUCUGCUGAUGGUCAUAACUGCUUGGCACUCAGCACUUUAUUGUCCCUCUAAUCAAUCUGGCAUCAAUGCAAAUGUAAUUGAAAAUCAAAUCAAACACUUCAUGAGAGCCCAUGAGCUAUGGAAUUGCAUGAGAAAACAGGGUGAUGGCCUCUAUUAAAAAGAGGAGGAU